AUGACGGGGAACGAAAGGGAAAUGGGCUACAGGACCGGUCUUCUCAUCGACCGGUGCCGGAGGCGAGGAGGAGAAGAAGAAGAAGAAGAAGAAGCUUGGCUAGCCGGUUUUGAUAAAUCGGUUGGUAACAACGGUCCCUCGGACUCGUGUCCGAGAUAUACCGUGGCCAACAAGUAAACGACCAGCUGUUGCCGAACAACCCGGUCUUUCUUCCUUUUCUCCUUCUUCUUCUUCUUCUUCUUCUUCUUCUUCUUCUUCUUCUUCUUCUUCUUCUUCGUGAUAUAAACGCAUCCGUUGCCAUCGUCGAGUUCGAUCACCUCAAAGAAUGGUGGGCUCUCGAAUGCUGUACCGUAACGAGGCAACGCAAAAUGGCCGAUUGAUUUUCAAGCGCAGGCAAAGGCUGCGUGACGCGAAUUUCAAUAUUUCCACUUUGUGUAUGUGUGUGUUGGAGACUUCAAAGAGCUUGUGAGCAAAUAUUCACCUUCUGAUUCUUUCGCGAGUGACGAAUGAAACAAUCGCUUCACCUCAAACCUCCGUUAUGAUGGUAAACGAGCUCGGUGAUGAACUCUGCCCGGCAGAGAUCAAUCGGUGGCUUGCUUGAUUAUCCUUGCUGCGUUGCAACAGUUGCUUGGAAUUACUUGUUUCGAUCGGAGAAUUCGCUGGAUGUUAGUUGCCCGUCUAAUGGCUAAUGGAAAUUCUUAAUAGUUUUCAGUAUUAGACGUUGA